AACGCAGCAGAACGAGCUACACUAGAAACAGCAUGGCUGUGCCUACGACAUUUGAGGAAGCCAGACUUCAUUUGCAACAGAUCCAGCGUGAUCCUUCCACCAAGCUGGAUACUAACAUCAUAGAUAAGCUGAAGUUGGAACUGACGGAGAAUACGGACCGCAAUGUCCCCGCCACUCUAUUGAUACAGAUCUCGGAGCUCUUGCCGGUCCUUCAGGAAGACCCUACCCCUCUCACGACUCUCGCAAUCAAAGCCGCCGGGUAUCUCUCAUUCAGUGAUCUGCGCGCUGUCGACCCUCCCAUAAAUUUCAUUGCGGGAUUCAAAGCGCCCUCCCCACCGGUCAACCUCUUGGCCCUGUCAUUGUUGAGCAAAGCGGGUAGAGUCCCGAGUGAUGCUGCCAUUGUCGCCGGGGAUUCUGAGCUCGUCGCAUCCCUGGUAGAGCUGUGGCUGUCGACUUCCUCUACCGCUGUUGCCCAGGCGGCGUUAGACACCAUUUGGACCUUGUUGGAGAUUGACCUCGCUAGUCCGCUUGAGCUUGGCGAACAUGAGUCUGAUGGAACAACUGCUGGUCAAGGUCUGUUUUGGAGAAGAAUCUUCACGGAUAAGGAUGUCUAUGGGCUGUUAUUCUCCGUGUGCAGUCUCGAGGAAAAUGGGCCUGGAGGUAUCUCGAAGCGUGAUAAGACAGUGGCUCAAGGGAGGUUGAUGGGCUUCCUCGUGAAGGCAGGGCAACUGCGCUGGGACAUCAUCACAGGCUCUCAAGUCGCAGAUGUGGAGGCCAAGUACCAGAGCGACAGCCUUCUUCACUUCGCCGCCUGCAGGAUGGUUGACCGGGCCGAUGUGUUGAUGCACAUGACUCUGAUCAACUUCUUCCACGACCUGCUGGCUAUCGACGCGCCGGGCCUCAUGGCCCGAAUGACCGUACAAUCGGCGUCCACCUUCUCCUCGCCAGCGCUUGACUUCCUCAUCUUGAACGAUAUACACACUACUUUGUUGGAGUUCUACCUCGAUGAGUCCAAACUGGACUCUAUUGACCUGGCCUAUCUUUGCGGUCCUAUUAUGUCCUACGUCGCACAGUACGCUGAACUGUAUCCUAACCACCUUUUGCAGAAUCCCCGGCAUCUGCUGGACCGCAUUGUAUCUCGCGUCGCUGCAUCUGUGGCAAUCUCGUCCGCUCAAUGGGCGCAUGGGCCAGUCCCCAGCGGACAAUUGAACGUGCUUUCCUGCUUGCCUCGAGUCUUGCUUGUGGAAGCCAGCAAGCAAGGCCUGAACGCGGUGCUAUCUGUUCCCAGUAGUCCCCCGAACAAGGAGGCACUCGACGUGCUUGCCAAGGUCUUCCAUGGCCCGGUCAAACCCGACCUGGCUGACUCGAUGGAGCUGAACACGGCCGGCCAGACCCCAACCGACUGGCACCAAGAAGCAGCGGCCGCCCGGGUCCUCUACUUCCAAUACACGAAUCAGCACACUGAGUUCUGGACAGAUGUUGUCGCGACCGCCGACAUCCUCGCCAUGAAGGAUGUCUCCUUGGCCGCUAUGUCACUUAUGAAAGCGAUCAUUACCGCCAACUGGCAGGUGUUGCCGGCUGAGGUGCCGACCUCUGAUCCUGGCCAUACCAGGUAUCAGCUCCCCACUGAACAAAGCCUGGAGACUCUUUCUCCAGCGGCACAGGGCGUCCUUCCGUCAAGUGGUGCCUGGGCCGCUCUGACACCACCGGCUCUUACAGUCCUCCUGCCCUACCUUUUCAAACCUCCGCGCUCGUACGCCGAGUUUGUCGGAGGCGGUGCCGCCGAUCCACAGAACGCGGUGUGGAAAGUAGCAACAGCAAAGCAUGAAGUACUGGUCGCUUUGUAUGACGGUUUGAAAGAGAGCGGGGGACAGAUGGCUGGGUUCGACGAUAUCAUGCGUACACUUCGUCAACGCGUCAACGAGGGCCCAUGGGGGCCAACCACUCAACAUGGCAACCAAGUUGCAACUGUCGGGCUGUAAUGGGAAUCUCUGCUGCUUCUUCGUUUCAGGAGUUCUUCGGAGCACACUUAGUUAUUUCUAGCGUCUUAAUCAUACUCGUACAAG